AGAUUAAGAUUGUCAACAAAAUAAGACCCAGUACUCUCAAGUCGAUAAAAGAAAGAAAAAUUUACACAUGCUACAUUCCCUUUUAUAUAUUUCAGUUGAAAAUUUCCAUCUAGAAGAAUAUCAAGUCAAACACUUGCAGCCACCGUUUCCUCAAACACAUUGAACAAAACACUAUAAAUAUAUCUUCUUGCUCAGUUCAGUUUCCACAAACAAUAUAACUUGCUCAGUUCAUAUUCAUAGUUUUAAUUUUUAAAGCAGCAGAGAGAGAAAGAGAUUACAUUUUCUUUUCAAAUUUCCAAGGAAGAUCAGAAAAAUGGCCGAGAAGAACCAGCAGGCGUAUUCAUCAGCAAAUGGCUACACCAGAAGUACGGACCAAGAAUCCUCCCCCUUCCAAUCCGACGAGGAGCUCAAGCGCCAGAAAAGAAUCAAACUGUUCACCUACAUUGGUAUUUUCAUUGUCUUUCAAAUCGUAGUGAUGACUGUAUUUGGUCUCACUGUGAUGAAAGUUAAGACUCCGAAAGCCAGAUGGGGAGAAAUCACUGUCAAAACCCUCAAUUCUGUCCCUGCAGCGCCUUCUUUCGACACAACCUUUGAAACCCAGAUAAGGAUCAAGAACACAAACUGGGGUCCUUACAAGUUUGAUGCAGGCACUGCCACAUUUUUGUACCAAGGUGUGACUAUUGGGAAAGUUGAUAUUCCUAAGAGCAAGGCCGGGAUGCGUGGCACCAAGAAGAUCGAUGCGAGUGUGAGCUUGAACACCGCUGCAUUGAACAGCUCUGGCGAGUUGACGCUGACCAGCGAAGCGAAGUUAACCGGGAAGGUGACGUUGAUGGGGAUGAUGAAGAAGAAGAAGUCUGCGAGUAUGAACUGCACCAUUCAAAUUGAUGUGUCUGGACCGACAGUCAAGAGUGUAGUAUGCAAGUGAUAUACUAAAAAACAGAGACACGCUAUAGCUCUGUAUACGGAUUUUUUUAUUAUAUUUUUUCUUGUAUUUGAUUUGUUGUGGAUAUAUAAAUGGUAUUUAUCUAUAUAGUGGUUAGCCACGUUAUUUUUCUGUCUUU